AUGCAAAAAUUUUAAUAUCAAAAAGUAAAAUAUAUUGGGCAGAGAACUUGUAGAUAAAUUUGUUUAGUGAAAGAUGUAAAUGAUGGGUAAAAAUGUCAAGUUAAAUCAUUAGUUCAUAAUGGGUUUAAAAAUAUAUAGACAUAGAAGAAAUGAAUAAACAUGAAAAAGAUGAAAUGUAUAAUAAAUUUAAAACUUUCUAAAAACUUUAACAUCCUAACAUUUUAAAGUUGAGAGAAGUAAAUAUGACAACCGAGGGUAAAAUUUUCAUCAUUAUGGAAUAUGCUGAUAGUAAAUUAAUCUUCAAAGUUUUCAUUAGGAGGUCCUUUGGGUGAAAUAAUUAACAAAUAAAAUGGAAAAUAAUUUUCUGAAAAUUAAAUUUUGGAUUGGUUUACUCAAAUAUGUUUGGCUGUUAAGUAUAUUCAUGAUCAUAACAUUUUACAUCAAGAUUUAAAAAGUCAUAAAUUUUAUGUUACCAAAAAUAAUUGCAUCAAAUUGGGUCAUUUUUAAACAGCUAAAGUGUUAUCCCAUAGUUAAGAGAAAAUAAAUGAUUUCGUAGGAACACCAUAUUAUAUACCUCCAGAAAUGAUAGAACAAAAACCUUAUUCCUUAUCAGUAUUUUAAAAUAUUUAACUAGGCUGAUAUAUGGACUUUAGGUAUUGUCUUUUAUGAGUUAUGCAUGUUAUAAACCCCUUUUUAAGCAGAUAGUUUACAUUUUCUUCUUUUAAAAAUAUGCAAAGGUGUUUUCAAUAAUAUAUCACCUAAUUAUUCAACUGAUCUCAAUAAUAUUAUCAAAUAACUCUUAAAGUGCAAUCCUGAUUAAAGGCCAACCAUCAAUUAAAUAUUGAGUAAUCAAAAUUAAUAAAAUUUUAGAAUUUCCUCUUAUUUCCAAAAGAGUAAAAGAAUUUAAAAGAUCAAGUUUAUAUCAAAACGAGUUCACUGUUUAAAAUUUGCAUCAAUAAGUAAAUAUAUAAAAAUCAAAUUAAGAGAUUAAGUACUGAUAACAAUAAUACCUAGCUAGAAUUUUAAGAUGAUCAAUUCCAAGAACUUGAUAUUUCUUCUUAAAAAUAAUUUCGAACAAAACCAAGUACUCCUGUUAAAAAUAAUUAUCGUAUAAAAUCUUCUAAGCCUGAUUAAUAAAAAUAAGUUUAAAAAACAUAGAUUUCAAAGAGAGAAACAUCCGCUAAUUCAUAAAAAAAAGAAAUAAAAAAAAAUAAAAAAAGUAAUUAAGUUUCAAAAAGCAAAAGUCCCAAUUAAACUUAAAGAAGUAAAAGCAAAAAGAAAAUUAAUUAAAUUUAAUCAAAAAAAAAUCAUAUUCUUUAAAAACCAAGUGAUUAAUAAAAUGAAAAAAAUUAAGACACGCAUAAGCUAAUCAAUAACUAUAGUUUUUAUUCACAAUAAUUUCCACCUGAAGCCCCUUCUCGUUAACCUAAAACAAUUUAGCAAAUAUAAUAAAAACCUGAGUAACAAUGUGAAAGUUAUGAAGAUUUAAAUGAUUCUUAAAUAUAACAUGGAAAUAAAUAGUAUUUUUUCAAACAUGCUAAAUUGAAGCAAGUAGGAAUAUUUACUUUUAUUUUUAGUUAAAAUAAAAUGAUAAUCUGAGUGAGUAAUUUCAACCAAAAAAGAUUUUAAUUAUGGAUAGUGAAAUUUAAAGUGAAAUAAAUGAUGAAAACGAGAUCAAUCUUAAUAGUUUUUAAGAAUCAGAUAAAUUAGAGAAGGAAUCUAGUCAGUCAUCCUUCAUAGGUAAAUCAAAUAGAGCAUUAUAAUUAAAGAUAUUAUUGGAAUAAGUAUUAGAUGUAGAUAAAAUACAAUAGAGUAUUAAAAUAUUGCUUAAGUAAUUUUAAUUGUUAAAUAGAGUGAAUUUACUUCCAAAAGAUUCAAAGAUUUAGAAAAAUAGGAUGAAAAUUUUUACUAAAAAUUGUUACCAUUCUUAUCUUUAUAAGAAUGCAAGAAUUUUGUUCCCCUUUUUUUUUAACUAAUAUUUUUAUAAAAAUGA